GUGACGGUUAUGUUGUGACAAUUUAACGAACAACUGCCGAUAGUGCUGUGAUAGUGCGAUUCUUGGAUAGUGCCCAUUCAAAGCAAUUGAUACCGGGUUCCACUGUAGCUGUAGCAGCCUCUGGUGGCAAAGACUCUACUGUGUUAGCCUAUGUUCUCAAGUUAUUAAAUGAAAAAUACAAGUACGAUUUGAAACUGGUGCUACUUUCAAUUGAUGAAGGCAUUACUGGUUAUAGAGACGAUAGUUUGGAUACAGUUAAGCAGAAUAGGGACGAUUACGAAAUGCCCUUGACUAUUAUGUCGUAUAAAGAUUUGUAUGGAUGGACUAUGGAUGAAAUUGUGGCAGAAAUAGGAAGAAAAAAUAACUGCACGUUUUGUGGUGUUUUUAGGAGGCAAGCACUUGAUAGGGGUGCUAAUCUAUUGAAAGUAGAUUAUUUGGCUACUGGACAUAAUGCAGAUGAUAUAGCUGAAACUGUUUUAAUGAACAUUCUUCGUGGUGAUUUGGCUAGAUUAAAUAGGUGUACCUCAAUAAUAACUGAUAGUGGCGAUGGAAUUCCUAGAGUUAAACCAUUAAAAUACACAUUCGAAAAGGAAAUAGUAAUGUAUGCCUACUUUAGAAAGCUCGUCUACUUUUCAACAGAAUGUGUCUUUGCUCCAAACGCCUAUAGAGGCCAUGCCAGGGUGCUGUUGAAGAAUCUUGAAAAAAUUGAUCCAGCAAUUAUAAUGAAUAUAAUUCAUUCAGGUGAAAGUUUGAAAGUUAAUGAAACUGCCAAAAUUCCCUGCUUAACCAGAUGUACUCGGUGCAACUAUGUUUCUUCACAGGAAAUUUGCAAGGCUUGCAUUCUAUUGGAAGGUUUAAACAAAGGGUUACCAAGAUUGGGAGUUGGCAAAUCUAGUAGGGUGAAAAGGUUAUUGAAAGAAAAUGAAGACAAAAAUAAAAGUUGCCAUCAAGAGACAGGGUGUUGCAAGAUUGAUAAUGACACAAAGAUAGAAUGUGCUUGUAAAAAGAGUAUCGCAUUAACCUAAUAGGUAUUCUAUUCUAUAUUAAAAUUUGCUUACAUUUUAUAUUCUUCUAGGCCUUUAUUUUGGGUUUACUAAAUUUAAUUAAAUAAACAAAACAUUGUUAUAAUUUAUUGAGUAAUAAAGAAAAGUAAAUUGUUAUGUUAU